GUCUCGGCCAUGACACACAUUUGACAUGCCCUCCCUCAACCUCCUCGUAGACGGUUUCUCUUGCUUUGCAGCAUGGAGCAGAGAGAAAUCCUGCAGAAGUUCCUGGAUGAGGCCCAAAACAAGAAAAGUAACAAAGAGCAGCUUUCCAAUGAAUUUCUGAAGCUGAAAAGGCAAUCUACCAAGUACAAGGCAGACAAAACCUAUCCUACCACUGAGGCGGAGAGGCCCAAGAAUAUCAAGAAAAACAGAUAUAAGGAUAUUUUGCCCUAUGAUUAUAGCCGGGUAGAGCUGUCCCUGAUAACCUCUGAUGAGGAUUCCAACUACAUCAAUGCCAACUUCAUUAAGGGAGUUUAUGCACCCAAGGCUUAUAUUGCCACCCAGGGCCCUUUGUCUUCAACUCUCCUGGACUUCUGGAGGAUGAUCUGGGAAUACAGUGUCCUGAUCAUUGUUAUGGCAUGCAUGGAGUUUGAAAUGGGAAAGAAAAAGUGUGAGCGGUACUGGGCUGAGCCAGGAGAGAAGCAGCUGCAAUUUGGCCCUUUCUCUAUAUCCUGUGAAGAUGAAAAAAGGAAAUCUGAUUAUAUCAUCAGGACUCUAAAAGCUGAGUUCAAUAGUGAAACUCGAACUAUCUAUCAGUUUCAUUACAAGAAUUGGCCAGACCAUGAUGUGCCUUCGUCUAUAGAUCCUAUUCUUGAGCUCAUCUGGGAUGUGCGUUCUUACCAAGAGGAUGACAGUGUGCCCCUAUGCAUUCACUGCAGCGCCGGCUGUGGAAGGACUGGCGUUAUCUGUGCCAUCGAUUACACAUGGAUGUUGCUGAAAGAUGGGAUAAUUCCUGAGAACUUCAGUGUUUUUAGUUUGAUCCAGGAAAUGCGAACACAGAGGCCUUCAUUAGUUCAAACUCAGGAACAGUAUGAACUGGUCUACAGUGCUGUACUGGAACUAUUUAAGAGACAGAUGGAUGUCGUCAGAGAUGAAUACUCUGGAACAGAGAGUCAAGGAAAGUGUUCAGUUUCUGAGCCAAGUCACACUCUACCAGCAGACUCUUAUACUCUGAAUCCACCAAAAAGCAUCAUGAAAGAAGCAAAAGUGAUGAGCCAACAGGGCCAGCAAAGGACAGAGCUGGAAAAUGCAGGAGUUUCUUCCUUUGACUUUAGGACUUCCGAAAUAAACACAAAGGAAGGGUUGGUUUUGCACCCUGGAAGUGCUAAACUGAGCACUUCUUUUGACUUUUUGGAGCUAAAUUAUGAUUGUAACAAAAAUGCUGACAGGACCAUGAAAUGGCAGACGAGGGCAUUUCCAAUCGUUGGGGAACCUCUUCAGAAGCAUCAAAGUUUGGACUUGAGCUCUAUUUUGUCUCAGGCAUGUCCUAAUUCUAAACCUGUAAAUGCAGCAGGAAGAUACUUUAAUUCAAAAGAGCCAAUAAUACGGACCAAAUCAACUCCCUUUGAAUUGAUACGGCAGAGAGAAACUGAGGAGUUGGACAUGAAGGAAAAGUUUUCUUCUUUGGAAUCUCGACGACAUGAUUCUUGUCUUGUGGAGUUGCAGGCUCAGAAAGUGAUGUGCGUUUCUUCAACAGAACUGAAUUGUUCACUGCCCUGUAACUCUGAGCACCAGAUAUGUGACGCCUCGAAUGUAAAGCAGUCCAGCGGUUAUAGUGAAGAUUCUGAUAUGUCUUUAGUAGAAGAUCCCCAUUUUUCAUCAUUGUCUCCAAGCAGUACUGGUUCUAAGAUGUCUCUUGAUUUACCGGAGAAGGAAGAUGGAACUGUUUUACCUGGUUCUUUGUUGCCAACAUCCUCUACAACUGCCUUUUCUUAUUACAAUUCACACGAUUCUUUAGCACUAAAUCCUCCAUCCAAUUUUCCUUCCCCAAUGAACCAAGAGGCAGCAGUGGUGGCAACUCCUGCAAGGAUAGAUGAUGAAAUUCCCCCUCCACUUCCUGAACGAACUCCUGAAUCAUUUAUUGUGGUAGAGGAAGCUGGAGAAUUCUCAUCAAUUGUUCCCAAAUCCUUUUCCUCAACUGUGAAGGUAAAAAUUGGUACAUCACUGGAAUGGAGUGGAACAUCUGAACCAAAGAAAUUUGAUGACUCUGUGAGACUUAGACCAAGCAAGAGUGUAAAACUCCGGAGUCCCAAAUCAGAUCUACAUGAAGAUCGUUCUUCUUCUCCUCCACCUCCACUUCCAGAAAGAACUCCAGAGUCUUUCUUUCUUGCUGAUGAAGAUUGUAUGCAGGCCAAAUCUAUAGAAACUUAUUCUACCAGUUGUUCAAACACCAUGGAAAAUUCCACAGCUUCAAAACAGACAUUGAAGACUCCUGGGAAAAGUUUCACAAGGAGUAAGAGUUUGAAAAUUUUGCGAAACAUGAAGAAGACUAUCUGCAAUUCUUCCUCACCAAGCAAGCCUGCAGAAUCUGUUCCAUCAAAUAACUCUAGCUCCUUUAUGAAUUUUGGUUUUGCCAAUCGUUUUUCAAAACCCAAAGGACCAAGAAACCCUCCACCAACUUGGAAUAUUUAAUGUAACUCCGGAUUUGUAAGAAUAUAGGCUGCCAGUGCAUCUGCAAAUAAAACUACUAGAAUACUACUAGUUAAGUAUUCUAGAUUCAUAAUAUUAAAAAUGAAGAUAGCUUUUUAAAAGUACUUUUAAAAGAAAAUCAAUAUGCAAAUAAAUGCCAUCUGUUUUGCAUUUUCUUAUCAUUUACAUUGGGCUGGAAACUACAAAUAAAA